ACGGAAAUAAUUCAGUUGCUAGCGCUAUCUUUACAUUUAGGGAAACGUAACUGUUUAACUCAAUGUUUUCAUAUUAUAGCUAAAUUCCUCUCUUCUUAAGGGCCUCGCCCACACCAGAGGUCGUAAAGCUUCCACAGGUACAAUGUAGCGGUUAAACUAUUUUACUAAGAGCUGUCUCACUGCCAAUCAUGACCACACUAUCGACACCAUCCCAGUAUUCUGGAUCCAGCUCAACAUGCAGGUUAUUACCAGGGGAUGGGAGUCAGGUCCAACCCAAAGCCCCACUCCUGCAUAUCCUCCGUGUGGCUGGCGCCCAGGAGGAAACCUUCACGCUGAAAGAGGUCAUGCACUACCUGGGCCAGUACAUUAUGGUGAAGCAGCUGUAUGACAAACAGAGGCAACACAUCGUCCACUGCCAGGACGACCCUCUGGGAGAGCUGCUGGAGGUGGAGAGCUUUUCGGUCAAAAACCCCAGUCCUGUCUACGAGAUGCUGAAGAAGAACUUAAUUGCCCUUAAUUGCACAGACGCUGCAAAGAAUCUUUCUGUCGACAAGGAUUCUAAUGAGACCGCAAGCGAAGAUCCCGGUCAGACAUCCAGCAGCCUGUGCAAGCUGGGCCAGGCCCUGGGCUUCACCGGAUCCAGUGGGUCUGCUGCACAGACUACCUCACAGCGCCGGCAGAGGGAGCCUGACGAGGAUUCUCUAGAUGGCUUGCCCAGAUCUGCUUGCAAGCGGCCAAAGCUGGAUGUCAAUCUGGAUGAGUGGGACUUGUCUGGGCUGCCCUGGUGGUUUCUGGGUAACCUGCGCAAUAACUAUGGCCGCAGGAGCAAUGGUUCCACAGACAUCCACACUAAUCAACUGUCCCCCGGGCAGGAUGAAGACACGGCCAUCGUGUCGGACACCACGGACGACCUGUGGUUCCUGAACGAGGCGGAGAGCGAGCAGGUCAGUGUGGAAAUGAAGGAGGCGGCGCUGGAGCAGGGCAGUGACGGAGAGCUCCAGCAGGAGGAGGAGGACGGAGCCAAGGCCAGCAGGGAGGACAAGGAGAUGCAGGAAGAGCCAGAUGAGGAUUCGCAGUGUCUGAGUGACGAUACAGACACGGAAAUCUCCACGCAGGACGCGUGGCAGUGCACAGAGUGUCGUAAGUACAACACGCCCAUGCAGCGCUACUGCGUACGCUGCUGGGCGCUGCGCAAGGACUGGUACAAGGACUGCCCCCGCCUGGUGCACUCCAUCUCCGUGCCCGACAUCCCGGCCAGCGACAGCGGGCAGCAGGAGGACGGCGAGGACGACGGGAUCGAUGUGCCCGACUGCCGCCGCACCGUCUCGGACCCGGUCAUCCUGCCCUCCCACAGCACCCGCGACCGGCCGCUGCCCCCCGCCGCGGGGGGCCGGGGCAAGGGCAAGGGCCGGCUGCCGCCCCACCACCUGCCGGACCCCGAGCCGGGCAGCUCGGAGGGGGACAGCCAGGACACGCUGGACAUGGAGACGGACUACCGGCAGGAGGCCCUCCUGGAGCCCUGCAAGCUGUGCCGGGUGCGGCCCCGCAACGGCAACAUCAUCCACGGCCGCACGGCGCACCUCCUCACCUGCUUCUCCUGCGCCCGCAAGCUGCACAAGUUCCACGCGCCCUGCCCCGGCUGCGGCCAGAUCAUCCAGAAGGUCAUCAAGACCUUCAUCGCCUGAGCGCCGCCGCGCAAGGCGCGCACUCCGCACGCCGGGCGCGUUCAGCUCCUCGCUGACGAGGCCCGACGAAGGUACCCAGUUAAGUUAUUUGUCUGUCAGUCAAAUGCCGGACUUACUUUUUUCCUCAUUAAAGCAGGCUCUCUCCGUGUAUGUUGUGUACCAGCCGUGUCAAAUUGAAAAUGGUAAUUUAAAAAUCAGAGGUAUUUAUUUAUUUAUUUAUGUGUUGUGGUUGUUGUAAUCGUUUUUUGCCUGUUUCAUGAAUAGCUUUGCGGCAUUUGUGUCGACGAGUAACAAGCAAGUGUACAGUUGUGACUGCAGUCAGUGACAAGUCCUUUGUUUCACAGUCGUUCAGUGAACAUGACUUACAAACUUACAUUUCCAGUUUGUACCUAUAGUUACAGUUAAAUGGACAAGUGCCAUAAAAUUUAUUUAGGCUUAGAAAUAACAGUGGUUCUCCUUGUAACCUAAUGGUUCUCUUUGUGAAUUCCUCAGAAGACAAUGUAGCUCCUUGAGAAAAAGAUGUAAGUGUUUAAUCAAUAUGUGUAAUUCAAAGUGCCAAACUGAUUAAGGCUUGGUAUUUUGUCUGAAACCUAAUUCUGGUAAUUCUCUUCCCAGUCUGUUUUGUUUCAGGCUUUAUUUCAACUUAUUUCACACUCUUGUUUUACGAAAGGCUACAAAUGACGCAAAAAAAAAUGUAUUUUAGUUGCAACCAGCUUGGUAUCGUUUGGCAGCGUUUACUGGGGUUAAGUUUAUUUCUACCGGUUAUUUAUUUACCACUGCUGUUUAGUGUUCUGUUUCAGUACUGGUGUCAGCGCCAGCAAGCAGAAAUACACAUUUGCAGGACCAAACCUGUCCUACACUUUAAAGUUUAGAGCUCUUGGGUAGCAUAUGAAAGACGGGCACUAUCUGUACUUAGAUGGGUUUUUCCUUCAUCGGCUUGUGAAAUGUCAGUGCCUUCCAGUGUAGAGGGUAAACAGAAGUAGCACUUUAUGGCAUUUUAAUCCUCUACAGCUGAAUUGAAUGGGUAUUAGUCAUCUUAUUUCCUUAAUCCCUUAUUUCCUCGAUUGUAUGCGCUUGACAAAAUUAGAGAAUCUGCAGUAGGUUCGCGGUUGCAGAACUAGCCACUGCAAAUGAACAGAGAUUUGUUUACACAGCAUACCAUGCUGAAGAGUUUAGUCUUAGGAAGGAUAACAAACAAAUAUUGAACAUAUGGUGGGUGGUCCGCCACGCCAGUCUGGGGAAGAGGAGGUCAGGUCAGUGAGGAGCGCUUGCUGGUGAGUUUUUCUGCCCUGUGAAGAUGCAAUUCCUCUUCAUCUAUACGAGCCCACCGCGUGGUGAAGCGUGGAUCUAAGAUGUCUGAGUGAUUAGCAGUGAUAUGAGCUGCCCCCCCC